UCCCAACCAUAAACUAGUGAGGUGAGCUGAGGCAGUUUCUGGCUUCUUUGCAUUGCCUCUUGCCUUGCUGUUUUCCUUCUUACUUCCCCUGUUUCUGUAUCAGUUUCAACAGCUCAAGACAUUUGGUCCAAACCCAACAUUAAACCCUCCAAACAUGUAAUAAUCCACGCCAGUCUGGUCUACUUCAUGUGGGUUUUGUAACCAAAGGGCUCUCAUAUUCAUGCUUCAUGAUUUAAACAAUGUGAUUUUCAGGAAAAAAAAAAAAAAAAAACAGAGCUUUUUUAGGGGUUUUUGGGACAGUGAAUCAACUUAAAGUUGUAGCCUUUGUGGGGGAAGAGACUCUGUUUUAAAGCUUUUGAGAAAUAGAAUAACUGAGAUUGAUUCUUCUUUUGGGGUUCCAGUCAAAUUUCAUGAUCUGGGUUCUUGAGGUUACCCUCAGUGAAAGAUUCAGACUUUUCAGUAAGUUCAGAGUUGUUUAUUAUUAUUAUUAUUGGUUGGGUUCUUCUUACAUCGGGGAUUUUCUAGUCAAUUUUGAAUGUCUCUGAUGUGAGUUGGUGGUAAAGAUGAAAUCUUUGAGUAGUGUGGGACUUGGGUUGAGCAUAGUUUUUGGAUGUCUUUUGUUGGCUUUGGUGGCUGAGUUAUACUACUUGUUAUGGUGGAAGAAGAAGUUUGUUAGCAGAGACAUUGAAAAUGACUACAGCAAUCCAGCUAGGGAGUUCUUCUGCAUGUUUUGUUGGAAAAGGGCGUCUUCUUCCCUGAGCCACAAAGCCUUAAAUCCCCAAGACAUUAGAAUCAGAGAUUCCCUUGUUCAGGAAACAGAGCACUCAAACAGGAAUCUGUUGCUGAAGCCCUUAGGUGAUGAUAGCUUGGAGACAGAGCUCGCUGGGCUGCACCCUCUUCCAGGGCCACCUAGAUUUCUCUUUACAAUCAUAGAAGAAACAAAGGAGGAUUUGGAAUCUGAAGAUGGAAAGACCAGAAAAGCAUCAAGAGGAAGAAGCUUGAGUGAUAUUCUUCUCACAGUGGAGACUCCAUUUCUGACUCCUUUUACAUCGCCGCCAUUUUUCACUCCUCCUCUCACUCCUCUGUCCAUGGAGUCUUCUUAUUCUCAGAGUCACACGCAUCAACAAGGAUUCAAUCCUCUCUUUGAAUCAGUAACAGAUGCAGAGUUUAACAGGAUACGGUCAUCUCCUCCUCCAAAGUUCAAGUUCUUGCAGGAUGCGGAGGAGAAACUCUACAGAAGAAAACUGAUGGAAGAAACUGAAAAAAAUGAUGGACUGGUUCAGGAAAAUGGAAGCAGAAGUUCCUGUUCAAGUUUUCUCAAUGAUGAAGAAGAUGGGUCUUUCAUCACAAUUAUUGUUGAUAGGAACAGCGAGAGAGGAUUUCUUCACCAAAACCAUCAUCAACAUCCACAAUUUCAUUCAAGUACUUCACAGGUUCUUCCUCUUUCUUCUUCACCCUCAAAAUUUCAGCCAUCAGUCACAAACAAACUGAAAUGAGUUUAAAUUUUUUGCUUCUUAAUUAGUUUAACUUUUUUGCUACUUAAUUGUAUUAAUUAGCUCUUUAAUUAAUCCUCUAGUCUUUAUUUUUCCUUUGAGGAGUGCUGUGAAUCCUUGAGGGGGGAGACAACAUUCUGUGUUAACGUGAAGUUGUUAAUUUGGUAAAAUGCAGAAAGUGGGGAAUUUGUGGGGUUAUUUGUUUUAUUCAAUCUCCAUGUCUCCUCAGCUGCUUGAUACCUGUAAUCAUUCUUGUUUGAAUGAUGAAUAUUACCAUGUUCUUGUCCAAAUCUCACUGAAAUUCUUUCUAAGAGCAAAAUCCCAUCUCUUUUUUUUUUUUUUUAAUAUAUAUGAUUUCUUCUCACCCUAUUUAUUAAAAUCUUUGAGACAAUGUGAUGUGGACCGUCUGAUGAGCAUCCUGACAAAGGUUAUGAUAGUGGGUUCCCAGUGGGGCAUGCUCCCCAUGAGGUACAGAGAAGAGUUGUUAUCUGUUAAAUAUGCCAACCAUAGAAGAAGAUGACAAAACUGGAAAAAGGGAUGAAGAGAACAGCAACAGUGUAUGUCUUUGGGUUUUUUCCUAAAAAACAAAAGAGGAGAACUGGAGGAAUUUGCCCGUGAAAGUGUCUCGUGGGUAUAGGCCGAAAGGUACCGCACCUUCUUCAAGAAUCAUUACAGGCACUGCCUUUUCUUUUUCCUUGCAUCUUUCUCACAUAAAUUGCUUAGGGUUUCAUCCAUGGCAGAUAAUCAUGAACUCAUGCUCAUCUGCUGCUUUCGCUUUCCUUUUCCUUUUCCUUUUCCCUUUUCACAGAAGACAAACAGAAAUUGCUCUCUCAGGAGACAUAAAAGAGAUAUUUUGCU